AUGGAAUAUGACUGGCAGCAUAUGAAGCGGGUGAACCGUCGCGGUGUGAUCAUAUCGCCCAAACUCAGCAGCUGGUUGCAGCAGAGCAGAUUUGACAACAGACCGACAUACGGGACCGAACCUUACCGAACAGGAUGGAGUGGCAACCGAUGGAGAUCAACCCGGAGAUGCUGAACAAGGUGCUCAGUGGGCUGGGGGUGUGUGGUAGCUGGCGCUUCGUGGAUGUGCUGGGGCUGGAGGAUGAGGGAGUGUCUUCAGUACCUUCUCCCAGCUGCGCCCUCAUGCUGCUCUUCCCCCUGACUCAACAGCACGAGUCGUUCCGGCAGCAGCAGGCUGGGAAGGUGUCUGGGGAAACUGACCUCUACUUCCUGAAACAGACGGUGGUCAACUCCUGUGGCACCGUGGCUCUGCUGCACGCAGUCGCCAACAACCCCACCCACAUAGAGUAUGAUGGUGACUCUGCUCUGAAGAAGUUUCUAGAUGAGACGGCUAACAUGACCCCCGCCCAGCGAGCCACACACCUGGAGAACAACCAGGCCAUCAGAGAGGCUCAUGAUGAGGUGGCAGCCCAGGGCCAGUGCAGGGUGGAGGCAGAUAACGUGAGCUUCCAUUUUAUCACCUUCGUCAAUGUGAAAGGACAGCUUUAUGAGCUGGAUGGUAGGAUGGAGGGACCGGUCAACCAUGGAACCACCAAGGAUGACUCCUUCAUCAAGGAUGCAGCCAGGGUGUGUCGGGGUUUUGUGGAGAGAGCAGAGGGAGAGGUCCGCUUCUCCGCUGUAGCCCUCUGUCAUACCUAGAGACCCUGGACACACACACACACACACACACACACACACACUGGUGAACCACGGUACACACACACCCGGUAUGCACUGGAAACCUAGUUUGCACUCUCCCCACACACAUACAUGCGUAGAUAGUAGUUUGCACAAGCCUGGUGUGUGUCACGUUGAUGUCACUACUGCUGUACUUUCUGUCUGCUGUACUCUUUAUUUUUCUGAGCCGGAUCACCACUGAGAAAGUAGUGCACUACGUGGGGGAUAGGGAGCCGUUUGAUCACCACUGAGAAAGUAGUGCACUACAUGGGGGAUAGGGAGCCGUUUGAUCACCACUGAGAAAGUAGUGCACUACAUGGGGGAUAGGGAGCCGUUUGAUCACCACUGAGAAAGUAGUGCACUACGUGGGGGAUAGGGAGCCGUUUGAUCACCACUGAGAAAGUAGUGCACUACGUGGGGGAUAGGGAGCCGUUUGAUCACCACUGAGAAAGUAGUGCACUACGUGGGGGAUUGGGAGCCGUUUGAUCACCACUGAGAAAUUAGUGCACUACAUGGGGGAUAGGGAGCCGUUUGCCCCGCAGCCUGUGAGGUGUCGGGGAUUUUAAGGCUUCCUGUUUGUCUGCUGCCAGACUCCUCCUCCUCUGCCUGACUCCUCCUCCUCUGCCUGACUCCUCAGCUCUCUGCUCUGUUUCUAACAGCUGUUACAACGUCAGACUACGAUGUUAGGAUCACGUUGUCAGGAUGACACUGCAGCAAUGUUGUUGUCUUUGCCUUUCUGCAUCUUCCGGUGCUGCUGACUGCCAAUAAACAACCAAACUACACAA